AAGGCUAAGGUACAGAAGAGCAUGGAGAGCUGUGUUACAUCCGCUUCCACCUUCUCGACGAUGGUACGGGAAUUUGAAUUGGAAGGGAAUAAUGCGUUAAUGGUUAACUCAUUGCUGGAUGCUCUUAAUGAAAUGGUCAAUACUAAUAUCUUAGUUGAGGCUGAAGAAUGUAGUAAGAGAACUUUUAUCUCAUCCAUAGGGAAAUUGCUAUCAUUAGUUGACUGUUCAAGCUCAUUGGCGUGGAGUAUAUUGCAUGUACUGGAAGUCUAUUUCAAUGCUACAGUGUCAGACACCACUCUCAAAGAAGUGAAAAAACUUACUCCUAUGGUUUCAAAACUCGCUGUUUCUGCCCUGACCGAUGAAAAGAAAGUGCGUCUUCUAAAAGUUCUUCAGACACUGACUUACGGGAUCAAGUUAUUGUGGCCUGAUUCUUAUACAGUUCCAUUGUUUUCAUCUUUGAUUGAUUGGUCUAAAGUUGGAAAUCAAAGUUUAGUGGUUCAGCUAUCUCUAAGUGUUCUAUCAAAUCUUUUGCACCAAAACAGUGUUGCUCUCCCCAUUUUAAUGAAAACUGUCAACCUGAAGACUUUUAUGAAUGAUUUACUACAUGUUCGAGGAUAUGUUGAAUGUAAAAUGGAGGUUUGUAAAUUAAUGCUUUUGCUGGGAGACCUGAUUUACGAAAAACCAGAAGAAGAAGAAAUUAUGAACUUUAUUAAAGUUACACUUUUCACAGUUUUGGAAGCCACCAAAUGUGAAAACAGAUCACGGUUACAGCACUGUGUUUCUUUUUUUGCUGAUUCAAUAAAUAGCAAAAAAAUCAGUGUGCGAAACCUCCAUCAGCCCUGGAUCCCUGAGAGUGUGUGCAAAGUUGUGGAUCUCUUGGAAACUGGCAUAGAUUCAAUGAACCCAGAAAUAGCUAUGUUAUUAUUCAAAUUUCUAGGAAUUUUAGUGCCUUUAAAAAUCUCAACUCUCAGUUCUUUUAAUAGCCAAAUUAUGAAAUUGGGAGUUGGUUGGGUGAAGAGACACUCAGUUAAAGCCGGUGAGGCAACUAAUACAAUGUAUUUGAUUCUAAUACAUCAAUCUGAUGCUGACUCAAGUUCAACUUGUGGUUUGAAUAAAAAUGAUCUGGUUUCUGUGUUUAUUCCAUUACUACGAAACACACCAACCAGUAGAGAUAGUUACUUGUUCCUUACUACCUUACUUAAUUUCUUCACUGUAACUUUGGACAACAAGCUUUUUAGUAUGGAGCUGCAAUCAGUUUUGAACAAAGAGGUAGUAGAACUUCUCCUUGCAUCUAUUCCUCCUACCUUGGUUCUAUGGAAUGAUUAUUCUGCCUUAGACCACGUUGUAGAGAUGUAUGUUCAUCUCUUCGUGUUUGUUUGUAAAAUUGGGACUUCUUGCUGUGACAAUUCAUGGAUGAAGUCGUACACACUCUGGCUUAGGGAGCAGAAGGUUUUAUCACUUCUUGCUGUUGCUCUCAUGUGUGGGUCAAACAAUUUGAAGUCAAAUGUUCUCAGCCUAAUUUGCAGUGCUGGAUUUCCUGGAGAUUGUCUUGCACUCCUUGCGAAAGCCAUGGCCGAUGGUGGGAAAGGGUGUUUAGCAGCUGGAAAUGUCGAUCACCCUUAUGAGCUGCUUAGGAACCCGUCUCCUAGCUCUGUGUCAACUUUGAUUGAAGUUAAAAAUGUAUUGCGUAAUGUGAAAAACAAGGAAGAAAUAAUUUCUGCAGAUAAGAUUCUUCAGUUUUAUGAAUAUACUGAUAAUGUGAACUCAGAUAUCCAAAAAUCUCUUUUAGCCAGUUUAACCAAGGCAACUGAAGUAAAUUCAUUGCUUGAAGAGAAAAUGUACCUAGCAAAUCAAAUUUCUAAUCAGUUUCGUGAGAAGUUUGAGAAAUUACGCCCUGAAUUUGAACAAGUGUGUGCUAAAUAUGAACUUGCAAACAAAACCAUCCAAAGUUACAAUCAAGAAAUUGCUGUUCUGAAAGAAAGGCUAAGCCAGGAGGUAUCAACCUGUCAAACAACAGUGCAAUCUCUGAAAGAAACAAUCCAAAGGCAAGAAAAAGAUUUGUAUGAAUCUAUUCGGAAUCUUAAAAGUUUGAAAGAGCAGCUGUUGCUAAAAGAGAACAUUUUAACAUCACAUCAAGAGGAACUUGAAUCUCUGCAGAUGGAAAGGAAUGCAUUAAAGGAAAAGGAGGAAGAAAGUCAGGCUGUCAAUUCAAAAUUGGAAAAGGAAAAUGUACAGUUAGAAUUACUUCUCAAACAAGUAAGAGAAAAAGUGGCCCAGCUGGAGAAUGAUAAAAUUGCCCGAGAGAAAGAGAUUGGGGAGUUGCAAAGAAUACGGGACACUGUGUUUGAGAUUACUGGUGGAAGGAAAAAGUUUUGA